AUGUCCUUGAUCCCUCUCACCCCAUCCCAACUCCAAGCUAGUGCAUCAAAAUGCCUAGCCCUUCAAAGCUCCGCUCAAGACCUCCACUCCAAACGCCCCUUCGCCGCCCUCCUCCUCGCCCCCGAUAACACAACAACGCUAAUGACCUCCCUCUCCCUCUCUCACGUCCGACACGCGGAAUGCGAACUCGCGCGCAACGCAGCAGACAAUUACGAUUGGGACUACCUGGCACGCUGCACGAUGGUUUCAACCUGGGAACCCUGCGCAAUGUGCAGUGGGACUAUCUACUGGGCACAUAUCGGGCGGCUGGUCUACCUUGCUUCGGAGAAAGCGUUGCAGGGCGUGAUUGGGGAUGGCAAUGAGGAGAAUCUUACGAUGGAUAUGCCUUGCCGAGAGGUCCUAGGGAAGGGGCAAUUUGUGGUUGAGGUUAUCGGGCCUGUUGUUGAGGGGGAAUGGGAAGAGAGGGUUGUACAGGAUAGUCGGCGGUAUUGGGAUAAAUAG